AAACCACUCUUUUCUUCCCCAUUUUCCAUUUUUAGCUCUACAAUCUCCAAAAAAAAUCAAAUCAGUGACAGAAAAAAAACCCCAUUUCAAAGAUUCAAUCUUGGUCUGUAAAAUCUUGAAAUUUUCUUGAAAAAUUCGAUCAGUGAUUAGAAAAAACGAAACCCCAUUUGUAAUCUUCAAUGGCUCCUACACCAUCAUCAAAGAAUCAUACAACUCCGACUCCGUCAUCAAAAUUGCACCAGACCCAUGUAAAUUCAAGAACCCCACAGUCCAAGCAUCGUCUGAAUUUCAACUCAGCAAAACCCUCACCAAACCCUAAUUCUACAGCAAUGAAAGAAGGGGGUCCACCUCCCGAGCACCCGGUAGAGGUUAUUGGUAGGAUUCGUGAUUACCCGGAUAAAAAGGAGAAACCUUUAUCAGCAUUGCAAGUGAAUUCUGACUGUCGGUCCCUACGUGUUAGGACUGAUAUAGGGUAUAGGGAUUUUACUCUUGAUGGUGUGUCGUUAUCCGAAGAAGAAGAUCUUGAUGAGUUUUAUAAGAAAUUUGUUGAGUCAAGAAUUGAUGGGGUGAAAUUAGGGGAUAAAUGUACUAUAAUGAUGUAUGGACCAACUGGUGCUGGUAAGAGUCAUACUAUGUUUGGGAGUGUUAAGCAGCCUGGAAUUGUGUAUAGGUCAUUGAAGGAUAUAUUGGGUGAUGGAAAUGAAGAAAAUGAUGAAAAUAGUGAGAAGAAGGUUGGUGUUGGCACAUUUGUUCAUGUUACUGUGUUGGAGAUUUAUAAUGAGGAGAUUUAUGAUUUGUUAUCGACGACUAAUGGUGGUGGAGGAUUUGCUUUUGGUUGGUCCAAGGCCUGUGCUUCCAAGGUGAAGCUGGAAGUUAUAGGUAAAAAGGCCAAAAAUGCAACUUUUAUUUCAGGGACUGAAGCUAUAAAGAUAUCGAAAGAGAUCCAAAAAGUAGAGAAGAGAAGAAUAGUAAAGAGUACUCUGUGUAACGAGAGGAGCUCUCGGAGCCACUGCAUGAUAAUCCUUGAUGUUCCAACAGUGGGAGGGCGACUAAUGCUUGUCGAUAUGGCCGGUUCUGAGAAUAUUGAACAAGCUGGUCAAACUGGUUUGGAAGCAAAAAUGCAGACUGCGAAAAUCAACCAGGGAAACAUUGCAUUGAAAAGGGUUGUUGAGUCCAUUGCUAAUGGUGAUUCUCAUGUGCCAUUUCGUGAUAGCAAGUUAACCAUGCUAUUACAGGACUCUUUCGAGGAUGACAAGUCCAAAAUUCUUAUGAUACUAUGUGCAAGUCCAGAUCCUAAAGAGCUCCACAAGACUAUCUCCACUCUGGAAUAUGGUGCCAAAGCAAAGUGCAUUGUACGUGGUCCUCAUACGCCAUUGAAGGAGAAAGGUACAGAGGAUUCUUCAUCGACAGUUAUCUUGGGAUCAAGGAUUGCCGUUAUGGAUCAGUUCAUCUACAAGCUUCAGAUGGAGAACAAGCUGAAAGAGAAAGAGCGUAAUGAAGCUCAGAAAGAGCUUAUGAAGAAAGAAGAAGAAAUGGCUACACUAAGGGCCAAACUGGAGUUAGUACAAGGAAAGGGAAUGGAGAUAACCGAGGAGCAGAUCAAUCUUAAAGUAAACGAGCGAACUCAGAUGUUGAAGAGUGAGUUGGAAAAGAAGAUACAAGAAUGUCAGAAAAUGGCUAAUGAAAUUGUUGAAAUGGAGAGGAGGAAGAUGGAAGAAAGAAUGUUCCAGCAGCAACAAGAAUUUGAAAUGCUCCGGAGGCGCUUGGAGGAUAUGGAAGCUGAGCUUCACCGCUCUAGGGCUGAAAGUGGAUCAAUGGAGGAAAAUACUUUCGCGAAAAGGCUACAGGAGAUUUACUCCGAAGAUGCAGGAAUGGUAAAGUCUAUGGAUUUGGACAGAUCAAUUGAUAUGGAUGUUGGAAAGCGGGAUGUACUGGUCUAUAAACCUGAAGGCAAUACUUUCCAAGCAAUCUCGGGUUAUCCUAUCAUAAGCAAUUUAGGAGAAGUUGAAGAUCCACUUUUCACCAAUAAAAGUAGCUUGAGCACUGUAUUUGAAGAGGAGGAAGAAGGUGAUGAUGAAGGAGAUACAGAGAAUCCCCCCGUCGAUGAGGAGGUGCAGAAGGAGGUCAUUGAGGAAAAAACAAUAUGCUCUGGUCUGCUUGAUCAUGAUAUGAGUUGUUUGAGACCAGAUCCUGAUCAUUUCAGUGAUUUAUGCAAGGACAGUGAUGUUUGUAUGGGUGCAGCCCCUUCUAGGCAAGCACUUAUUCAGAACAUUUUCACACUCUGUGGCAAUUAUAGAGAGCUUUCUCAGCAUAGUGUAAGCCCAGUGCCUGCACAGAAGAAUUUGGAAGAUACUGAUUCUUCAGUACCAACAGUUAAGACAAUCAGAGAGGAUUACGCAUCUGUGCUUGCUGCAGAAGGUUUGUCCAAUGAUCUUUUGCCAUUAUGUAAUCCCGAGACCAUAAAAAAGUCACCAGUUAAUCAGACAAGAAUGUUUAAGAGCUCUUAUGAUAAAGAAAAUGAUUCAAAGGAGAACUUUAAUCCUACUUCUGGCAAUCUCGAAGUCCACGUGAAGUGGGAAGCUGCAUCAAAAGAGAAUCCUGGUGUAGCAACCACGGUAAACGUUGGCAAAGAUUCAUCCUUAGCUGAUCUGCGCAAACUGAUUGAGAUAAACCUCGGUGCUGACAGUUCAUUCACUUUCCUUGCAAUAGGGGAUCCAUCUGGUGCCCCGAUGCCUAAAGAACAGGAGGUAGUCACACCAGUGAGUAAGCUUCCAAAAUGCAACAACUUCUCACGUGGUCACUUAGCUUACUUACGCCCAGUGAAGGGAACACAACGGUUCAAUCACUUGCCAUUUACUCCACUGGAAAAUAUGCUUCCAUUGACUCCAAAGUCACAUAUCAAAGAAGUAGGUACUGGACUUUCUCCCAAAGUAGGAGAACAUCUGAGUAGAACACCUUUUGUAACUGUCAAACGAUAUCUAAAUGAGUGUUAGUUGAUAUGCGCGUAUGAGUUUGUGUGAAUCAUGUAUGUAAUCACGCGACCAUUAUGAUAUUUUUUGCUCUUGAGUACAUCGCAUAUGUACUCAUAUUGGAUGAUUGAUUUAC